AGCGUCUACAGCACUUGAAGCACGCACACACACACGUAUAGGCAACAGCCGACUUACCUUGCAGUAUGUCUGGUGUAAGUCUGCUCGAUGAUGCGAAGCUCUCUCGCCGGGUUGGGGUGCGAUUUGUGUCGUUGGUCGUCCCUGUGACAGCAGCCAUUUUAGCUGUCGUGUGGAGUGUCUGCUGUCUCUCUCCGAUUUAUAUCAACAGCGACGCAGCGCCAGUGUGGAGUAUGGUGAACGAAGCCGAUGCGAGUGGCGUGGGUCAACGUGUUGCCUACUCGAUUCUGUCCGCCGUGAUCGUGGUGGUGUGUGUGGUGCUGGUCACUUUUCUUGUUGUCAUUCUUUACCACUUUCACCUGCAAAUUGUGCUGUACGGUUGGCUGGCGUUCUCCGCCGUCUCGAUGCUCUUCUUGCUUCUGUGGGUGUGGCUGGACCUGGUCUGCACGUACUUUCAGAUCCCGUACAACGUUCUUUCCAUGGGCGCCUUCGUGUGGAACUUUGGCGUGGUGGGCCUCAUCACUCUCUUCUACCACUCCCACCCCGCUGUGACGCAGGUGUAUUUGGUCAUCGCCUCCGUCCUCAUCGCCUGGUCGAUGACAGCGCUGCCGGAGUGGACGACGUGGUCGCUUCUGAUCUGCAUCGCGGCCUACGACAUCGUCGCCGUGCUAUGGGAACAGGGGCCGCUGCACCGUCUGAUUAAGGUGGCGCAGGACCGCAACGAGCCCAUUCCUGGCUUCGUCUACGACAGCGCACACGGAGUUGCACCGCUGUCUCGGCAGAGCCCGUCGCAACCGUCUGCUGCGCCGGCAACUGCUCCAGCGACCGGACCGCCUGCGGGGGCCACGGUGGAGUCUGGGGAGUAUGUCUUGCGGCACGCAGCGCCGUUUAAACUCGGUCUCGGUGACUUCAUCUUCUACAGCCUCCUCGUCGGCCGCGCGUCGCUAUCCGGUUUUGUACCGUGGACGUUCUGUUUGGUGAGCAUCCUUGCCGGAAUGGUGGGCACCCUGCUCUCUCUUUUGCUGUUUCGCACCUCUCUUCGCGCGCUGCCGGCCCUGCCGUGCUCCAUAUUUAUUUCCAUUGUGGUAUUUGUGCUUUGUAUUCUGCUUGUGAACCCGUUGAGCGACUUUGCAAGUCACCGCUUGCUUGUUUUGUAA